AUGGCGACGCGUAAGCGAAAGAGCACGCAGGACGUGCCGGAUGGCAAGCGCCACCACGCGUCGACGUCGCUGCCAGACUGGCCGCACUCGCUGCAUGCGAUGCCGGCAGCUGUGCUUGCGCGCAUGACGCCUCACGGGCGUGCACGGCGUCUGCUGCAUGUGGGCGCGACGCCCGAGUCGCUGCCAUGCCGUCACGAGCAGUUCCAGGCCGUGUUGGACUGCACUUGCGAUGCACUGCGGGCGGGUGUGGGUGCUUGUGCGUAUAUAUGUGGUGUGCCCGGCACCGGCAAGACGGCAACGGUCCGCGAAGCGGUACGUACGCUGCAGCGCAUGCAGGUCCGGAACGAGGUGCCGGCGUUUACGUUUGUUGAGAUCAACGGAAUGAAGCUCGCGACGCCCAUGCAAGCGUACACGGAGCUUUGGUGCGGUAUAUCUGACGGAAAGAGUCGGCUGCAGCCGCGAGCGGCCCUGACGAAGCUCUCUGCGCACUUUGAGGGACGCCAGCGCUCGAGACCCACUGUCGUGCUGAUGGACGAGCUCGACAUGUUUGUCACGUCGCGGCAGGACGUCAUUUACAACAUGUUCCACUGGCCCGACAUGCCGCACAGCCGCCUGAUCGUGCUGGCCGUCGCCAACACGAUGGAUUUGCCGGAGCGCACACUGCAGCCCAAAGUGGCGAGUCGACUCGGCAUGACACGCAUCCCGUUUAUGCCGUACACCAACAAACAGCUCUUUGACAUUGUGCGCGCGCGACUCGAUGUGAACGAGGAUGGCACACCUGCGGCCACGUCGCCCGCCACGCAGGGUUGCGAGACAGUUUUUCGGAUGGACGCGCUGAUCUUUGCGUCCAAGCGCGUCGCCAACGUGUCAGGCGAUGCACGCCGCAUGCUCGACGUGUGCCGCCGCGCAGUUGAAGCGGCUGAUGAACAUGCAUCGGCACGGCAUCAGGACCCGGUGCCUAUUACGAUUCAUGAUAUCCGCGACGUGAUGGAUCGGAUGGCCCGCUCGGGGCGCGCCGCUCACAUGGCCGGCCUGUCGCUGCACGCCAAGCUUCUGCUGGCGAGUAUGUAUGCGUGCAUGCGCCGCACAGGCAUCACGGAGGUUGUGUGGUCUGACGUGGUCGUGCACCACCAGGCGCUGUGUGCGGCCCAGACACACGACGCAUGUCAUGAGCACGAAUUACUGCGGCCGCUCGCGACGCUGUGUCAAUUGGGCUUGGUGAUUGCUGUGGGAAGCGGCGCGGGCCAUGCGCGUGGUGGGGCCUUCGCGCGCUUCCUGCUAGCUGUGCAGGAGGACGAAGUGUAUGCCGCCCUGGCGGACGACCCCGUAUGUCAGCCCUUGUUUGCGCUACGCGCGUCUACGUAA